UGGUAACCAUUUUGCGUCAACUGUCUGAAAAAAUUGCGUCAUUUCGUGGGUGUUUUUGAAAUUCCUAGUAAUGGAACUAGUUUCGGCCCCAAAUCCCCAUUUCAUCCCCGGAUAUACCGGAUUUUGUCCCCAGUACAAGUACCGAAUUGGUGACACUUACGGUACCACCACCCAUAAGGUCCUCCUCGACCCCACAGUCCACCAUGCGGAGAAAUUGGUACUUUCCGACCGUCUCGCCGAUGACUACCAAGUGGUUCGACCACCACAGAAAGACAUAGAUAUAGUCAAUGCUCGUGCUGUGACCAAUGACACCAUUUACAAACAUCCCAUCAUUCCUGGAUACGAAGGGUUCGUACCACGCGAACACAACCUCAUGGGUCAAAGGUUCACUGUACAGGCAACCGAGGCAUUAUCCGAGUUUGAGAAACUCCAAAGUGCUGAUAAGACGGCUUUGAAUGAGUUGUUGCGCAUUGGGGCGGUGCAAGAUGCCAAGUGGUACCCAAACACUUUAUCAGAUCGCGAGUUGACUAGUACCCAAUUUAAAUUGCCCUUGACUGACGUCCGGCCUGAAUGUGCGGGGAUUUUGCGUAAUUUACCCCAAGUGGAACCACCCCUAACCCCCCCACGUCACUCCCCAAGUCCCUAUUUCAUGGAUAACAUUGAUCCGGAGAAAUAUUUCAAAAAAGGUCUGUCAUUUGUCAAAAUGUACGAAAAAUUGUACAAUUCAUUCAUCCAGAACCAACGUUAUGGUUUUGCUGGUCAUGUACCAUUUGGGUAUGGUGCGUUUGGGAAAGUCAACGAAGCUAUGACCAAUAGUGCCCUUUGCGAUUUUACCUCCAAUUAUAGGAAACGGUUGAGUACCGAAUGGGCACCGGUGACCAUCAGUCGAGCUGAUCCACCAUUGUUGAUCCAACCAUCGGAAAUUUACCAUAAACAUAUUGGGCAAUUGCCCAACUAUGGGGGGCAUAUCCCGGGGGCGAUUUUCAGGUUUGGAAAAACCUACGGGAACGAUUCCAGAGAUGCUAAAAGGUGGCUACGAGGAGACUACAGUUGAAAUUGACGUUUUGGCACAUUUUUUUGGAAAAUUUUCGAAAAUAAUAAUUUUUUUGGGGCAUAA